AAUCGACCAACCUGCCUUUUGGUGUUUGAUCUCUACUCUUAGCUACAGAAGCCGUGCAUUAGAAGAUAGCAGCCAGAACACUAGCUAAGAGCCCAUGGAUCGCCGGACUCCUCCAUCUCUCACGUUGUGCGUCUAGGAAUAUGUCUUCUGGCCUGCUUCUAUCCUUCUUCUAUACUUCUCCUUCCCCUCUCCACUUGGCUUUGCUGCAUCAUCUUUGCUCUUUCCACUCUUCCUUCUCCUUCUCCCUCUUUUCUUCAGUAUCGGUCGUAUAGAAUGACCGACAGCAAGAUGGACAGCAUCGUCCAUGAUGCGGGAAGGUCGAGUAACAUCUCCGAUGGCGAUGGCAACCUUGAGGCCGGUGCUCAUAAGGAAUACCAUCUACGCUUCUCGAACAAUAACCUAUCCAAUCGGAGCAGAAACAUGCUUGAGCGAUAUAUCAACUUACCACCAGCAAUUGCCUUCAGUAUCACCAUCAUGUCAACAUGGCCUUCGCUGAGUUUAUCUCUGCAAGCUGGUCUAUACAAUGGUGGUCCGACAGCUCUAGUCUGGGGUAUGCUUCUUGCAGGCUUCGGUUCCACAGCUAUUGCCGCUGUACUCGGAGAAAUGGCGUCCAUUACGCCACAGGUCGGUGCGCAGUAUCGCUGGACCGGCAUAUAUGCUCCGAAAUUUCUGAAUCCUCAUUUCUGGAGUUUGAUCCAGGGUUGGUUGACCCUCUUUGCAUGGAUCACACUUUGUGCUGUCUGGCCGUUCUUGACGGCACUCCUGCUGCAGGGCGUGGUGAUCCUUAAUUACCCAGACUAUGUGCCUGAAAGGUGGCAUGCCACUCUGAUAAUGUGGGCUCUGCUCGCGAUUCCUGUAUUUGCAAAUAUAUUUGCUCGUCGACUCUUGGUUCUUCUUGAGAUCAUUGGUGGUGUCCUACACAUCGUCUUCUUUUUCUGCAUCAUUAUCACGCUUCUUGUCCUCUCACCCCGCAGCACUAGCUCGUUCGUGUUCACUACAUCAUUCUAUGGACAGUCUGGGUGGGAUAGUGAAUUCGUACAAUGGUGUUUGGGCCUAUUGACGACCACGGGUAUCCUUUGCGGUUUUGACGGCUCACUCCAUCUGAGUGACGAAGUCAAAGACGCCCCAAGGAAAGUUCCAGUAGCCAUGAUUACCAGCAUGGUUGUGAACAGCAUCAUCGGAUUCAUCUACCUGAUCAUCAUCCUCUACUGCAUUGGCGACGUCUCACGUGUGCUCAACACCACCACCGACUUCGCAAUCAUCGAAAUCUUCUACCAGACGACAGGUUCAGUCGCAUGGGCUACGGUUCUCAGCUGUAUGGUCGUCAUCCCCUCCCUAAUCUGCCAAUUCGGCGUCUUUGCCUCCGUUUCGCGGCUCGUCUGGGCCUUUGCCAUGGACAACGGCCUCCCCUUCUCCGCAUACUUCUCCCACGUAAACACGCGCCUCAAGAUCCCCCUACGCGCUCUCCUCCUGGUCACCGUCAUAUGCUGCCUAAUCUGCCUCAUCAAUAUCGGCUCCACAACCGCCUUCUACGCCGUCCUUUCACUCGGCGCCCUCGCCCUUUACGGCUCCUACCUCCUCCCGGUCCUCUUCUUUCUCUACCGGAAACUCGUCGGCCCAAGCGUUCAAUACGGGCCCUUCAACAUGGGCGGCCUAUCUACCCCUAUCACCAUCUAUGCCGCGGUGUGGCUCGUUUUUGUCCUUUUCUGGACCCCUUGGCCGCAGUUCUUGCCCGUUACCACAGAUACGAUGAACUGGUCUAGCCCGAUUUUCGUAGGUGUGGUUGUGCUUGCGAUUGCGGACUGGUGUAUUGGAGGUCGGAAGAGGUUUCGCGUCCCUACAACUGUGGAAGACUCGCCGUAUGUGGAGUAAGCAGAUGAUGUGUUGGCAUAUAUGUGAAUAUCUAUACACAUAUAUAGGAGUUUACACGCUGCCCAAUCAUGAUAUCUUGGGAUAGCGCGAUAUGCGUUACGUUGUUAUGAUGUACAUUUGUGACUUUUGCGCGGUAGUAAUUAGUCGUUAUACCCGUGUGUGGAUGCGUACAUUGCGCUAAUUAUGAUUUAUAUAUGCCUUUAAAUCAUGAAAAAUCAUGUAAAGUUGACUGUUGACUGUGGUUAUGUUCUGCGUUGUUGUACUGUACAAUUUCAGUUUUGCGGCUUGGUAUGGGUG